CUGACGGAGAUAAACAUUGUUUGUGUUUUGUGAUGACAUUGUGGAAAACAUACAGUUAUUACAGUAGUAGAUUAGUGAUUUGAUUGAAUUUUAUGGUACGCCAAUAGCCACACAAUAUAAUGAAGGUUUUACAGGAAAUAUAAUGUGUGCAAGUCGUUUUUAAAAUAAAUAAAUACCUCCCAGAACUCAACAAGACCUCCUCAAGAUACAAUUAGACAAAGCCAGAAAACAUGGCAGAAACCCUUGACCCGCUGUCACCGACUGUGAAUAUUUCGCCAAGGAUUGGAAUCCUACAAAAACUAAGGACAAGAUUUGGUAGAAAUGUACCUAUUAAUCGAAAUAACAGUGAAGGAUACGUGGAAUUCGGGGAGUUCCGGGUCGAACGUCCCGGAAUCAAGAAGGUCGGGACAUUCGCCGGCGUCUUCUGUCCCGUCGUGUUAUCUAUGUUUAGCGCUCUCGUGUUUAUACGAAUGGGUUAUUUAGUAGGUAAUGCCGGUCUUCUGGUGACAUUAGCGCAAUUCGCCGUGGCCUACCUCAUAGUGCUGUUCACGGUGACCUCAAUAUGCGCGAUAUCGACAAACGGGGCGGUCGAAGGAGGCGGCGUGUAUUUCAUGUUGAGCAGAACCCUAGGUCCCGAGUUCGGAGGUGCUAUAGGGACUUUAUUCUUCUUCGCGAAUGUGGUUUCCAGUGCUUUGUGCAUAUCAGCGUGCACUGAGGCCUUGGUUGAAAACUUCGGAACCAAUGGGUACUUAGUGGGUGAGAGUGGUGGUAUCCCGGACAGUUGGUGGUACCGCUUCCUGUAUCGCUCCGUGCUGAAUGCGGUCGGGCUGGGCGUGUCCCUGGCGGGCGCCUCGCUGUUCGCCAGGACCAGCCUCGCCAUCUGGGUCACGAUGCUGGUCUGCUUGGCCAGCGCCUUCUUGAGCUUCUUCAUCACGAGCCCCGCGCAGAUCGAGAAGCCAGAUUCGAAUCACUUAAUAAACACGACAUAUCUGAACUACACCGGGCUGAGCGUGUCGACGCUGGCUUCGAACCUGUACCCGCAGUACGGGCGCGACUACACGACGGCGAGCGGGCAGCUCGUGGACUUCGCGUCAGUGCUGGGCGUGCUGUUCACCGGCGUCACCGGCGUCAUGGCCGGCGCCAACAUGAGCGGGGAAUUAAAGCACCCGUCGCGCAGCAUCCCGCGCGGCACGCUCGCGGCGCUGCUGUUCACGGCCGCGUCCUACGCCGCGCUGAGCCUGCUGACGGCCGCCACGUGCUCCAGGGAGCUGCUGCAGAACAACUACGUGUACCUGCUGCCCAUCAACGUGUGGCCACCCUUCAUAGCCGUCGGCAUGAUAGUAGCUACAUUUUCGGCCGCACUCUCCAACCUGAUCGGCGCUUCUAGAGUGUUGGAAGCGUUGGCCAAAGAUGACAUAUUUGGUUUCCUUCUUCGUCCGAUGGUGUCGCGUUCCGGGAACCCGGUGCUGGCGGUGGUGGUGUCCUGGGCGCUGGUGCAGGUGGGCGUGGCGGCGGACUCCCUCAACGCCAUAGCGCAAGUCAACUCGGUCCUCUUCAUGACGAGCUAUUUCGCCAUCAAUCUGGCUUGCCUGGGACUGGAGCUCGCUUCGGCUCCUAACUUCAGGCCGACGUUUCGCCAAUUCUCGUGGGCGACGUCGCUGGCGGGGCUGUGCGGCAGCGCGGCGCUGAUGUUCUCGCUGCGCGCGCUGUACGCGGCGGGCGGCGCGCUGGCGGCCGCGGGGCUGGUGCUGGCGCUGCACCUGCUGUCGCCCGCCGCCGCCGAGCCCAAGUGGGGCAGCCUCAGCCAGGCGCUCAUCUUCCACCAGGUCCGCAAGUAUCUGCUGCUCCUGGACCCGCGGCGAGAGCACGUCAAAUUCUGGAGGCCGCAGAUGCUGCUGUUGGUGGCCUCGCCGAGACAGUCGGCGCCGCUCAUAGACUUCGUCAACGAUCAGAAGAAGGGCGGGCUGUUCGUGCUGGGUCACGUGCGCGUGGGGCGGCUGGACGGCGCGGGGGACCCUCUCGCGGAGGAGCACCAGUACUGGCUGAAGCUCAUCGACCAUCUCAAGGUGAAGGCGUUCGUGGAGCUGUGCCUGGCGGAGUCAGUGCGCAGCGGCGCCGCCCACCUGGCGCGCCUGUCCGGCCUGGGCGCCAUGAAGCCCGACACCGUGCUGCUCGGCUUCUGGGACGACGCGCAGCCGCGGGACUUCUUCAGGGAACCGGAGUCGCCGUACCGCACGGAGCUGUUCGACGCGGGCGGCGGCGCAUUCCCCGCCCGCCGCGCCGGUGCCGCGCGCCUGCCGCCCGCCGAGUACGUGCGCAUACUGUCCGACGUGCUCUGCGUCAACAAGAACGUGUGCAUAUGCAGGCACUUCCAUCUGCUGGACAUGGCGGCGGUCGAACGUAAGUCCCCGAGCUUGAAGUACAUCGACGUGUGGCUGGUGGAUCUGCUGGCGCCGAGCCGCGAGGAGGCAUUCUCGGUGCGGGGGCUGUUCGCGCUGCAGCUGGCGGCCGUGGUGCGGUCCGCGCGUGGCUGGCAGCACCUGCAACUCCGCGUGCACACCACCAGACACGAAGCGAGCCUGACGGUGGGCUCCGGCGACAGUCCGGCGCCGGACGGGCCGCCGCUGCAGCAGCGCCUCGAGGAGUUGCUCAAGCUGCUGCGGAUCAACGCCACCACGCACAUUAUCUCAGAUUGGCCGAAGCUGGACCUGAGCAGGUGGUCCGAUACGGACGAGGACCUGUACCAGCGGGUCCCCGCCACCUACCUCAAGACCGUGAACAGUAUAGUCCGGGAGCGCUGCGAGCAGGGCACCGCCGUGACCUUCGUCCAGCUCAGCGCCCCGCCCCGCGAGGCUGACGAGCUGUGCGAGCAGUACCUGCAGGUGCUAGACGAAUUCACGAAGGAUUUAUCGCCGACGAUUCUAGUGAGGGGCCUAAAGUCGGUCACGUCCACGUCUCUGUAAUGGCGUCGGUGUGCUAGUGAGAGCAAACGGAAUCCGAAUGGUGUCUUAAUUAAUUUGUAACUGGGAGCUUGAAGUCAGAUGGCUUGUGGAGAGUACUCAACGGUAGGCAGCGGCUUCGCUCUGACAUUGCUGAUGUCCGUGGGCGACGGUAACCACUCACCAUCAGGUGGACCAAUAAAGGCAAUAAAAAACGAGGACUGGAGGAACAUGGAGUCUGGUCUACCCUCGCCACGCCAGAACUUCCGCAGGGCUCUAUAAUUUUUAUCAUUAAAUAUUCGUUAAAUUUUAAGAGGACUUAUGAUAGGCUUUUUUAAAUCGACACUUUCAUUUUCAUAUUAGCGCGCUUUAUGACUAAGGCACCUUCUACCAGUAAAUCAAUGGCGAUGCGAAAUGUCUUAGAUGAUAAAUAAAUUAUAUAAAAAUUAAUAUCACACUAUAUUUUAUAC